GUUAACAGCACACUGGAUAUGACCCCUGCCAAGGUGCAAGAGCAGUCCCAGGACGUGGUGACAAAGACCCAGGACCAGCUGGGCCUCAUCAGGCAGGAGAUCAGGAACUUGAAGGAGCAGUUGCCGCUCCUGGACGUGGAGGAGAGCGUCGGGGCCUUCGUGGGCAACGCCACAUCGGUGCUGGGGGAGUAUAGGGAGCCGGUCAUCGCCUUGGAUGGGCUCAGAGGGGUCGGCUUCAGCUUCAUCUUCUCCUGGCUGCUGAUGCUGCUGGUGCUGAUCACCUUUUUUCUUCAUCUCUUCCAUUGCUCUCAGCUCCUGGACACCCCUGGCCUGAUCCCUGGCUUCAACCUGUCGGAGCUGCUGGGCCAGGAGGGUGGUGCAACAAACUUCUCGGAGAUAUACAGGCAGUGCCAGCGAGACGCUGCCCUGUGGCAAUCGCUGCACCUGGACCAGAGCGUGUCCCUGGACGAGCUCUUGAACAUCAGCCAGUACACAGGAGAGAUCUCCAUGGCCUUUGAGAAGAUGAACAUCACCCUGAGCCCCAUCUCGCUGCUCAGCCAGAGCCAGAGAGACUUGCUGCUGAAUGCCAGCCAGGCCGGGCAGGCCCCCGACUUCACCCCCACCCUGGAGCAGCUGGAUCAGAACGUGACCCAGGGAAGCCUCCUGGAUCUGGCUGCAGAGCUGGAGCAGCUGGCAGACAAAGCGGGCGCGGAUGUGAAAGAGGACCUGAAGGCUGACGCUCGCAAGCUGAGGGAGCUGGACAAGGAGAUGCAAACGAGCUUCUCUGGGCCACUGCAAAGCCUGAAGGAGAACAUCCACUUGGUGCAGAGCGGGGCUGCCCAGCUUGAGGCACAGACAAAAGCUGCGCUGGACAAAGCCAGCAAAACCCAGGAGUUCCUGGAGAGGGAGACGGCAAACAUCAUCAAGAAUGAGACGUGGGCCUUCCUGGAGGAGCUGUUGGACUUCUUUGAGACCUACAUCUCCUGGGCCAAGAGCAGGCUGACGGAAGACGUGGCACGUUGCAAGCCCAUAGCUCAGACCCUGGAUAAUGUGGAAGUCAUCACCUGCAACUACAUCCUGGACUCUCUG